AGAACUACAAUAUCUUAAUAGUAUAGUGCGGAAUGAUGCCUUUACACGCUUCAGUUACGCUCUAAUAAACUCCUUUCAAUAGCGAGAAAAUAUGAGCUGUCAAGUGAAUGGCAUCCACCAUCACCAUGACAACGGGUCGUGAACAGCCAAUCCCAGCUCGCCAUUUCAUCCGGGACCUCAAGAUGGCCACACUGAUACAAUAUAGUUUAAUUUCCAGCCAAGAUGAGAGUUAACCGAGACAUAUAUGGUGGAUAAAAAGCUCUUAAAAAUAUGGGUGUUCCGAGGAAAGUAUACCACUAGGGAAUGUGGGUUACAUUAGUAAUGGAGGAAUAUUUUGAGAGCAGACGAAACUAAAGGUACAGUUACUAGUUAGUGUUUUUGUGUGUUUGUUUAUGUGUGUGUCGUGGAGGAGUGAUCUGUGCCUGACCAUGUGGCUGUAUAAUGAACCAGGCUGUUGCCACGGUGACGGUGGUGGUGGGCAUGAUACAGAUGCGGGAGGUGGAGUUUGUGCCCGAUAGAGACAUGCAGCUGGACAAAUUGUGUUGGUCAUUGGUCAGACUGGAGUUUACAUGUGUACCUCCUUCACCAUCAUUGGUGGACACUUCACCAUGAGUGAUGCUUGAGCUGUCACGGUGCUGCUGCUGCUGUCUGCCAUCAUCACCCUGACACAGACCACCCUGCAGACCACCUUCAUCCUGGGUGCCACACGUCACUGCUGCUACAACUCAGAGCAACUGGAGCGCAAGCCAGGAAGGGAGAUGGUAACUCCUCACUUAAUUUGUUGUUUAUUUGAGGGCCUAAUGACAGACACAUAAUGGAAUGAGUAUUUGUGAAUGUUUGUUUAUAUCUAGAUACAGCAUUCACAUAUCUUUUAAGUGCCACCUUCCAAAAACAAUGUCAGCCAGAAAAAUAACUGAUGAAUCUAAUUACAUUUCAAGUCAAAAAGUUUUCCUUUAACCACUUUGCUCCAGAUGCUUAAAAACAUGCGUUGCUCACAUACAUGGUGUCACGUAGGCUCGUGAGUGGUAACUUAUCUAAUUUCUAAUAAUUUCUAAUAUAAUUUCUGUGUGUGUGUGUGUGUGUGUGUGUGUGUGUGUGUGUGUGUGUGUGUGUGUGUGUGUGUGUGUGUGUUUUAUGUAUGAGUGACACUGGCCAAGGGCAACAAAAAUCCAAUAAAAAAAAUAUGCCCACUGAAAUGGCAGUCCCAUAAAAGGGUCAAAGCAGUGGUCAAAAGUUGAUGAAUAAGUGUCUUGAAACCUCCCUCUUGAAGGAAUUCAAGUCAUAGGAAGGUGGAAAUACAGAAGCAGGCAGGGAGUUCCAGAGUUUACCAGAGAAUGGGAUGAAUGAUUGAGAAUACUUGUUAACUCUUGCAUUAGAGAAGUGGACAGAAUAGGGGUGAGAGAAAGAAGAAAAUCUUGUGCAGCGAGGCCGUGGAAGGAGGGGAGGCAUGCAGUUAGCAAGAUCAGAAGAGCAGUUAGCAUGAAAAUAGCGGUAGAAGACAGCUAGAGAUGCAACAUUGCGCUGUGUUGCCACGGUGACGGUGGUGGUGGGCAUGACACAGAUGCGGGAGGUGGAGUUUGUGCCCGAUGGAGACAUGCAGCUGGACAAAUUGUGUUGGUCAUUGGUCAGACUGGAGUUUACAUGUGUACCUCCUUCACCAUCAUUGGUGGACACUUCACCUUGAGUGAUGCUUGAGCUGUCAUGGUGCUGCUGCUGUUGUCUGCCAUCAUCACCCUGACACAGACCACCCUGCAGACCACCUUCAUCCUGGGUGCCACACGUCACUGCUGCUACAACUCAGAGCAACUGGAGCGCAAACCAGGAAGGGAAAUGGUUACCUUCUUGUUGAUGUGCAAUCUUGCUAUGUGGGCGAUGAACACCUCUGAGACAUCACGAGCAGAUGCCCAUCCAGCACAGCUCAACUUGUAUGGAAUCUGGACCUGGACCAUCAUAUCAAUGCCACUGCCUUUGAUAUGUGUUUGAUAUGGCUUCUAUUGCUUUCAAGUGACCAUCUGCCUCUGUGAAAUAUGGAAGAUCUUACAAGCUCAAGCAUGAGUAUUAAGCAAGUUAUAGGAAUGCUAGUAUGAGUGUGGUGUGUCUGAAUUAGCUGUCAGAGUAUUGUAAAUAUUAUUACUUAGUCUUCCCAGUUAUGAAAUUAAGAACAGUUGUGAAGUUUGCUUUAAAACCCUUCAUUAACUUUGCCACAAAAACACUUUUACAUGUUAUCAAAAGUGUGUAACUGUUAUGAUGUGUGCAUAUAUAUCAUUACUACAGAAGAAUCUGGAAUUUCCCCUCAGAUUACUUUAAUGAAUGAAGCUUGAGUUCACAGAUGUGUGGUUUGUCAAUUUCACCUGUAUUCUCUCCUCUAUGGCAGUCUGUUCUGGCAAAGUUUCAUUUGUCAAAAGCAUUACAGUUUGUAAAUGAUGUGUCUUCAUAUGCCUUCACUAGCAAUUAUGAAUUACAUUGUGGUCAUGGGUUUUGUUCUUUUAAUACAGUUGCCUCAAGAUAUUCUGAGCUUUACAAUGCUGUCUUUAGUACACUGCAAGAAAAUACAGAAAUUUCAUGUGGCAACAUUUAUUUUUAAAACAUUAUUUAUUACUUUUAAAAAUAGCAAUGUGGGGCUUCCUUAAUGCAAAUAGUCUUGCCCCAAAAAACUUGUGAUGUCAAACACUAACUUCUCUUAACACAGCACAACCAAAACCACUCAAAAUUAUACAUUAAUUUUUUUUAUAGAGCAACAUGUGUGGAAAGUGCUACCAGAAAUAUUUGCAUAACAAAUAUUUGGUUCUGGACCUUAGCACUUAUACAGUACUGCACUAACUUACACACAAGGUUAAUUAAUGAUGUAAUACUCAGGUGAAGCUGGAUUUUCAAAAGACUGAUCAAUAUUUUUUCCCAGAUGUCAUUUUUAUGCAGCUGACUGAAGGAGAAAACACUGCAAAGCUCACAGUAUUCUUCUUAAAUCUUACUAAAAUGUAUGCGCAUCACUUUCUGAUUUCACCCCAAUGGCACACAAACCAAAAUUCAUGGGUAUGGAGAUGGCUGGACUACUUCCUGUGGCCACCCCUGUUAUAUCUUAAUUUCCCACUGUCUUUCCUGUGUGCUGGUUAAGCUACUCACUGCUGAAGUCCCUGGAAACUAGGUAGAAUAAUUUAGAAUGACAUGGUUAAGUUAAUGCUGAUAAAAUCUCAUUUGUAAUAUUCAGGAAGAUUGAAUUAUUCUUCCUCUGUUGAAGCAAAUGAUAUAACAUUGACUAGAAGCUUUCACAAUAUUUAUAAGCUUUCUUGUAUCAGAGAUCUUUUGAAAAUCCAACCAUUAAUUUGUAAAUACUUGUAUAGUGUAGCUGGCAUGAGGGUUGCAGUCUUCAUUAUUUACUAGUGGACAAGCAACAAGUGAUGGUGUGGCUCUGAGCCACUGUAGUAGGGAUGUUAUGGUCAAACCUCCAUACAUUACUGUCUCUAUCCAGUAUGAGACCGGUGUUCAAGAAGCACAAGCAUGUGCUGAAUAACAAGAAGCCGGCGUGGCUCAAGAGGAAGAGUGAGUAGGACGAGAAAAAACAGAACAAAUAAAUCCCCUACACGUGUUGUCUCCAUUGACACAAGCCAUGAAAAGCUUGUCCAUCUCUGAGUGCUAAGGAGCAGUGUGUUCAACUGAUGAUGUGGAAACUUGAGACAGCCAAUCAUUUAAUGGACUUUAGUAGGUUUUGUCACCAGUCUUCUGUGUGUCACUCACUACAUUUUGAAAUUUUUACUUGUUCUAUUUAAU